UGUUGAGGAUUCAUGUACCUGGAGGCUGGAGCUGAACUCGACGAUGUCAUUUGGAUGUAAAUAGGUUACCCUGCUGGACAGAGACGACACAGAAAGCUAGCUUAACUUACCUUCCUGAAGCUGUAGUUAUAUUUUAGUUCUGAUAAGCAAAUCAUCAUGGAUCUGUCAUUUAUGGCUGCGCAGAUCCCUGUGAUGACAGGAGCCUUCAUGGACUCAUCGCCUCACGAUGACUACAGCACGGAUCACUCUCUCUUCAACUCCUCUGCUAGCGUCCACGCCGCCGCUCUGGCAGCUCACAACCAACAGGAGGAGCAGCAGCCCAUGUCCCGAGACGCCAUCUGGCUGUGGAUCGCCAUCACCGCCACCAUUGGGAACAUCAUAGUGGUGGGGGUCGUCUACGCCUUCACGUUCUGACCUCUGGAAUGAAGCCAGCUGAACUUUGGAGACAUAUUCGGCUUUGAGUCCCCCAAAUAUAGGGUCCUGUGGCCCCUCAUCAGACGAACAGUGUGUGCAUUCUUUCAAGAA